CCGCCUGGUGCAGUCCAGAUCAGGGCCAAGCAGCUGAGCAGGGACAGUGCCCCUGGCGGCGGGCCCUUCAACAAGAUGGGUCUCACCAUGGAGCAUGGAGGGUCAUAUUCCAGGGCUGGCGAUGGGCCUCGCGGCUGCUGGUAUUACCUGCGCUACUUUUUCCUUUUUGUGUCACUCAUUCAGUUCCUCAUCAUCCUGGGCCUGGUGCUCUUCAUGGUCUACGGCAAUGUGCAUGUCACCACUGAAUCCAACCUGCGAGCCACUGAGCGACGGGCCGAUGGCCUGUACAACCAGGUCGUAGAGCUAUCAGCCAAACAAGCCAACCUGUCCAAGCAGCUCAACCUCACCACGAGCACCAAGGACACCAUCAUGCAGUUGUUACUGAAUGCCCGCCGGGACCUGGACCGCAUCAAUGCCAGCUUCCGCCAGUGCCAGGGCGACUUGGCCGUCAACAUAAUCAAUCAGCAGUACGUAGCCGCCAUCAUCUUAAGUGAGAAGCAAUGCCAAGAGCAACUGAAGAAGACCAAUAAGACCUAUGAAGACUUGCUCCUGAAGCUGGGUGAGAAGGCCAAGGUGCUGGAGAUGGAGCUGGCCAAGGAGAAGGCGAUCUGUGCCAAAGACAAGGAGAGCCUGCUGGUGGGUAAGCGCCUGGUGGAUGAGCAGCUGGCGGAGUGCGGGAAGUUGCAGGAGCACCAUCAGCAUGCCAAGCUGGUAGCAGAAGAGCAGCUGCGGAAGGUACAGGCCCUCUGCCUGCCUCUGGACAAGGGCAAGUUCGAGGUGGAUGCCCGCAACCUAUGGCGGGACUCCAUCAUCCCGCGUACCCUGGACACCUUCAGCUACCCCUACCAUCCACUGGGCUCUGAGUUAGCCUCCAUCCGGAGGCUCUGUGAUCACAUGCCCACCCUGAUGACCAGUAAGUUGGAGGAGUUGGCCAGAAGCCUACGGGCAGGCAUUGAGCAUGUGGCCCGUGAGAACACAGACCUCCAAAGCCAAAAGCAGGAGUUACAACGCAGCCUGGAUGCUGCUCAUGAGGCCAAGGAUAAGAUGGAGAAGGAGGCCCAGGCUCGAGAGGCCAAGCUCCAGGCUGACUGCACCCGACAGAUGCAGCUGUCACUGGAAGAGAAGGCAGCCCUGCGGAAGGAGAGAGACAGCCUGGCCCAGGAGCUGGAAGUGAAGAAGAAGGAGGUGGAGCAUCUGAAGAUGCAGUUGGAGGUCCGGGUAUCUGCCCUGGACACGUGUCUAAAGGCCAAGUCUCAGCCGAUGGCCCUACCAAGACCUGUUGGCCCUGCCCCCUUACCGCAACCCAUUGAUCCCACUAGCCUGGAGGAAUUCAAGAAGAGGAUCCUAGAAUCCCAGCGGCCUCUUGUAGUCAACCCCGCAGUCCCACCCAGUGGCUGAGGACCCUGGCAUCACUGGACACUCACUAUCCAUAACUGGGUACCCUCCCACCCGCAUGCUCCCUCUCACUGCCCCCACUGUAUCCGGGAUCUCUGGGCCCCAGGAGAUGAUGUCUCACACAGCUGUAACAGUGACUUCACAAAGACAGUGAUGAUAUUCUGCAGGGACAUUUUAGCGAUGUCUCCUCAGACAAGGAUCACACAGACAUGGCACUGAUAUAACACUCUACUUCUCUGCAGACACUUUCUGCUCAAUACCCACUAGCCCUCACGUCCCUCACCAUGGAUACAUGGGCCAAGACACCUACAUCAUCCCACUGCAAUCUGUAUAGCUGCCACCUCACCCUCCUCCCUUAACUUCCUUAUCUCCUAGCAGCUCACCAGAGAGGUGAGAACAGGAAGCCAUUGGCCUUCAGCUCCCUUGAGCAUUUCCAGUCCCCAUCCUAGAGAGUUUCCAGGCUCACCUCAAGGUUUUAAAGCCUCCUGAGGCCUUCCAGUACCCCCACACACACUUGACGGUUUCCAGAUCCUCCAUUUGCUUUCUGGCCUCUCUUAAGUUUUUAAAGCCUCCCCAAGGGCUUCCUGUCCCUCCCCCCCUCCAUCAUUGAGGAUUUCUAGCCUAACCCUUGUGCCAGCAAGGACCUCAUCCAGGGUGAAGGUUAGCCCGAGGCUACCCAAAGCCCUGGAAAGAAGCUUUCAUACCCAGCCCUACUUGUAGCCCCUAAAGAUAUUAGUGGCACUCAAUAAAUGUAGCAAAAUGUCUUUAAAAACUC